CAACUUCCUUCAUUGUAAAAUUUCACAAGGUGGCAAAUAAUUGUGAUUUCUAAAUUAGAUCUAAAUUAAGUAUAAAAAAAACCCAGAAAAAUGUACGAAUAUAAUGAAGACAUUACUGAAAAUGAUCAGUUUAAACCAACUUAUAAAUAUUACAAAGCCAAAAUACCUGAACCAGAUUUUUCUAAUGUGUUGGAUUUUCAAGCUAUAUCAGAGUCGGAGAAACCAGAUGAAAGGGUUACAAACUUUCAGUUACAAAUUCCUACUGGAAAUAUAAAUCACAUCAAUGGCUUCAGACCUGUACAUGACUGGAAAGCUUAUUCAAUAAAUGACAACCCUGGUUUUAUAUUUGUAUUGAAUCCCUUCAAAGAUGGAUAUCAAAAAUACUGGGUUCAUAGAUGUCUUAAUGACUAUCCAGAUGCAAAGAAUAAGGCAAAUUUGGACAUUCAAUUGGAUUCUGAAAAGAGGGCGAAAUUAUGGAAAAAUUUUGUAGAAACUGAUCCUGAUUCAAUCCAUAAGAAUGAUGAAAUAAUGGGGUUAAGAUGGACUACAUUAGGAUACCAUUAUGUUUGGAAUAAUAAAGAAUAUCACAAAGAAAGACGCACUGACAUGCCUGAAGACUUGGAAGAAUUAACUAAAUUUGUUGCACAAACAAUCGGUUAUCCAAACUAUUGUCCUGAAGCUGGAAUAGUUAAUUAUUACCAUCUUGAUUCAACUUUGGGUGGACAUACUGAUCAUGCUGAAUUUGAGCAGGGAGCCCCAUUGAUUUCAUUUAGUUUUGGACAAGACUGUAUUUUCUUGUUGGGAGGAUUAACUAAAGAAACUAAGCCAACAGCUAUGUUUCUUCGUAGCGGUGAUAUAUGUGUAAUGUGGAAGCAGUCAAGACUUGCUUAUCAUGGCAUCCCUAAAAUCUUAGCACCUAAACUUACACACUAUCCCCUUUCGUUAAAUUCAGAAUAUGUGUCAGAAAGUGCCAGUGAUGAAGCCCAAUAUGGAAAUAUUCAUGAAAUAAAUAAGAAAAUUGAGAAGACUUUACAAAAUUUGAAUUGGAAACCAUAUAAACUGUAUAUGAGUUGUUCGAGAAUUAAUCUAAAUACUAGACAAGUUGAAGGGGAAAAUAAAUUUUUUCCAGAAAAAUAAUAAUACUGAUUUUAAAGAUUACCCAUUAAAAGCAUUUUUUUUUUAAA